CUCACUCAUUCCUUUGUCUUCCCGGGGAUUGGCAGGUUUUAUUAUUCCGCCUGAACAAGCCGGGGGCGGAUUGGCUGCGGCGGGCUGACGGGGGCGCCGAGCCGGAGUGUAGUUGGGAUUCUGCUCUGUCAGUAACACAUGUGUGAGGGCAGCGGGCACACGCGCACCGUGCGGGCACACACGCACUCACACGGGCACACACGCACUUGCAGCCUCACGCUCAGACGGGCACAGGGGCCGCCCCCGCGCCCCGCCAGCGCCGCCGCCGCAGGAUCCCGGCAGCAGCUCCGCACCCGGCCCCGCUCAAACUCGCCGGCUCCCGCCCGCUCCGCUGAGGCGCUCUAGCGGGCCGCGGCCGGCCGGCUCCGCGCCGCGGGAGGCUCGGGAGCCGCCGCAGCCCGGAGAGGGGGCGGAGGUGGGCGGGCGGGGGGGAAGCGGCACAAAGUGAAGCCACAUUGCCAAACUUGCCCGGCGAUUGCAGCAGCGAGCGGCGGCGGCGCCCUGCGUGUGCGGCUCAGCGGCAGGGACCGAGCUCUGCAGCUCCCCUCCCGGGAAGCGGGAGCUGGAGGAAGGACCCGGGCAGACGCCUCUCAUUGCAAUAUCUAUAUUUUUCCAGCCUGGGCUGCCCCUUGCCGGGCGGGGGGCUCCUUCCAGCGCUCCCGACAGCCGGCGAGAGGGCAAGCGCUGUGCUUGUUUCUUUGCAAGGAAACCUCUUCAGACACCCCGAGCGGCGCUCCCCGGCCUUUUGCAAUAUAGAGGGGAAGCAGGCCAUGGUGAACCCCGGCGGCAGCGCGCAGCCGCCCCCGGUCACGGCGGGCUCCCUCUCCUGGAAGAGGUGCGCCGGCUGCGGGGGGAAGAUCGCCGACCGCUUCCUGCUCUACGCCAUGGACAGCUACUGGCACAGCCGCUGUCUCAARUGUUCCUGCUGCCAGGCCCAGCUGGGGGACAUCGGCACCUCCUGCUACACCAAGAGUGGGAUGAUUCUCUGCAGAAACGACUACAUCAGGUUAUUUGGAAAUAGUGGUGCUUGCAGUGCMUGUGGACAGUCCAUUCCUGCUAGUGAGCUGGUCAUGAGGGCACAAGGCAAUGUCUAUCAUCUUAAGUGUUUUACAUGCUCUACCUGCCGGAAUCGCCUGGUCCCCGGAGAUCGGUUUCACUACAUCAAUGGCAGUUUAUUUUGUGAACAUGAUAGACCUACAGCUCUCAUCAAUGGCCAUUUGAAUUCACUUCAGAGUAAUCCACUACUGCCAGACCAGAAGGUCUGCUAAAAGGUCAGAGUAAUGCAGAAUGCGUGCCUUCAUCUCAGAUUUUGUUCAUCACAGAUGGAUCCCAUGUCUCCAAGUAGACAAGUCACCUUUGUAGCUAGCAUCAAUGCCAGCUCCAUACCAUUGCACCUUCUUUAUUCUUGAUUGCCCUUCCCACAUUUAUUGGUGUAUUAAAAUGACUGAAUAUGAACAUUAAGGACUCCAUGAACCUGGGCUAAUGGGAGACUGUAGAGAAAAUGAAAAAAGAUCCACCAGAGGACAUCUUGGGGGGGGGCGGGUGGGGAAGAUGACUAAUGAAGCUAAUUAAAAGAAGCAUUGAAAUCUGCUUUCUACCCUCAUUAACAAUUAGCAGGGCACUGGCCAGUUUGUACCCUGUGUUUUACCUUAACAACAUUCUAUUUGCUCUUUGUAUAUUUAAGUGUUGUAAGGAAAUGUGUUUCAAUCAAACUGAACAUGAGAUAAAGAUGUGGCUUUUGUGAUAUUCUAUCACAAACACUUUUAUUGUAUCUGUAAAAUACAAUGUAUGUAUGCAUGUAAGUGUUUUUGUCCUAAUGUUGCUACUUCCCAUGGCAAAAAAAAAAGGCUCAUAGCAGCUACUGUGUAGAAAUUUUCACCUACUUCUAAUUUGCUGAAUGAAGAAAAAUCUUUUAUUUGUGAUAUUUUCAGAGACAUUUGCUCUAGUAUGGUGUAUUUAAAUAAUAAAAAGUAAAACAAAACUGAAUUGAGUAUGGGUUUUAGAAGCAUUGCUUUUUUUUAUUUUAAUUACAUUCAAAACGUUCUGCAACUCAAUAUURCAUAGUUGUUACUUUAAUUGUCAGUUACCUUAAAGUAGGUUUUUGGUUUGGACUUCUUCUUUUGUCUUAUGCCAGUAAAGAAUCUGCUAAACUACUUGACCGUGUUACUUUUGGCAAGGAUACGAAGCACUACUUCAAAAUAACCUUUUUUUCAUGGAGAUUCUUAAUUCUGGUAACAGCAAGUAUAUUAUAAUUCACACUGCAGUGAAUUACAGCACACACAGAGGUACUGUGGUUUCUUUCUUUCCAGUUCCUUCUGUGUUAAGGRUGUGCAUGUGUCUCUGAGCAUGCAAGCAUAAGAGGGUAUGAAUAUACCAGCAGAGGUCAAAAAAAUAAAAGCCAACGAAAGGUCUGUACCUCAUGCUGAGCACCAGAAUUGAGUAUUCAUGAAAAGGAAUACAAUAGCUAUUCUGAUCUGAACAACGUAAAGUUGUGUUUGCUGGGGUAAGAGACUUUUUAACUUUACAACACUGAUAAUCUUAAGGAAAUAAAASCUGUUUCCUGGGUUAUUUCCAGUAACUGGCUGAUCUCAAAAUAUGAUCUGUUCUCUGAAAGCAAACAAACAAAAACCAUCUCCCAACAAAGCAGCAGACCCAUCUCUAAGCUUAGAAAGGGAACAGCUUCAUUUUACCAUCAGCUGCUUUGGGGUAGAUCUGUGCAGAAUAAUUUUGGGGGAAAAAAAUCUGUCUUUUCAUGUUUUUAGCAAGAAUACGAAUAUGGAUCUGUGGCUAUGCACUGUAUGCCUUCACUCAGGAACCUGCAAGCAACGAAUCUGCCUUUGCUGCAAUUAAAAGCAAAUCAAUAUUAAGAAGUACUCUACUUUUAUAGGAAACUAAUGCAUUUGUAACACACCAUUAUUUUAAUUCUGUUUUUUAGAAAAUGUUCACUGCUCGACAUGCUUGGUUAUGGAGUGAACUUGACUUAUUUUUGUUGUGAUGCUGAUACACAAAAAGCUGAUUCAUAGAUUUGCCUAUCUAAACAACCAACAGCAGAUGUUUUUGUUUCAGAUUCUACUUCAUGACCUCUAGUAUAUUGGAGGGCUCCUGAAUUUCUUCUUUUAACACAUCAGUUCUUGAGGAAGAAGCACUCUUUCAGAGAAAAGAAAAUGUAGCAAUGUAGAGUGUCAGACAGUAAAGACAAAAGACUACUUGCAUAACAUACAAAGCACAACAUAAAUGACUGACACUAUGUAUGACUUUUAAUUAAAUGCACUUAUGGGUAUUUUAAAUAAGUUUUUAAGCUUUUUGAUCUGGCAUUAAAGUCUUUAGAGUCCCGCAAAUUGUGCUGCUUCAAUAUCUUUGAAAAGACACUUGAAGUCAUAUGAAUAUAGAAUUCAAGUAUUAGUGAGACUGUAGACAUCUUUUUAUAUUCUUUCAGUAUAAGCACUCAAGGUACAGUGUUUAAAUCUAACGUACAGAUUUUUGGUUGUCCAAUAUAACCUAGAAGUGCUAAGAAGAUAGCUAAUAACUUCUAGUAAGUAAUGUAGUAUAGCAUUUAGUGAUGUAGAGGUUGAAGUUCAUUAACAGCUUUAAAUAAACUAUUAUAUGACUCAUUUGUAAAGCACAGCUACCUAUUUAAUAGCUUACUUUAAAAGCAUUUCUUAAGUUGCAGACCUAUAAGAUUACAAAUGUCACUCAUGUUAGCAUAAUCCACAUGCAAGUGAUGAAGCCUUUGCUUUGAUGUGCUAAAUUGCAGGAGGACUAAUGGAGCUAUGAAUAUACAAUAGAACAUAUUUAAGUAGUAUUCUUGCUUUAGGUAAAACACUUUCUUGAAACCAGAGGCAUUUCACACAAUGAAACAGCCUGUAAUGGGGAUGCUAGGUGUGGAUAGAAGGCUACUGGGAACCCAUAGAUUCGUCCUUAUGUGAAAAAUCACUUCUUUUUAGGAGAUCUGUAAAGAAAAACACCAACUUGUUCACCUUUUAUCACAUGUAUUUGCUGCACUGAGGCUGAAAUACUCCCUCUGCAUUUAGUGCUGCAGAAAAAUCAAAUAAUCAUUCAGUAAGAGCUCCCCUUACUUUCAAAAAUGAAUGCUGUUAAAAAAAAAGAAUCAAAGGAAAUAUUACUAAUCUGAAAUCAUCCUCAUGAACCUGGAUAAAAUGCUCUGUCUAUACUGCAUCUAAACAUCUCAAUCAUAUAAAUUGUCACUCUUAUUAAUGAAACAAUUUUGUAAAAAGAUUGCCCUCUAAAUGGGUUUAAUGUUGUUACCUAUCCAGCUGUCUAGUUAUGAGAUUUACGCAUCCUGGCAGGCAGUGGGACAUUAAGCCUUUCCAAACCAAAUUCUGUUUGCAACAAGAUACUGUCUUUUCAGUCCUACAUGAUUUAUCUUUAAAUAUUUUAACAGGUUAUGCAGUAUCUUAUGAAAUAUAAAAUGAGAAUGUCUUACCAAAAUGAAGGCUAUGAAAUUAAGUCACAUCUUCAGAAUAUUAACCACACUGAGUUUGUCUCCCUUUUUCCCUGUUAGUUAACACUGAUAAAAUUUGCAUUGUCUAACAUUAGGGUAAAUAUYGAAAACCCCCCAAAACUCACAAACUGGCAUAGUAUGCCUUACUGUCAAGGUCACGGAGUCAUUGCCCCAGAGGCAUUUAAGGAAAGACUGGACACUCACUGAUGCCAUGGUCUGGUUGACGUGGUGUUCAGUUCCACUCAAUGAUCUCAGAAAUAUUUUACAACCCGAUUCUGUGAUUUCAAAAGAUKAUUUCAAUUUAAAUAUUUUAUUAAAUUAUUUUGCUGGUAGCUAUAUGUGAAAUGUGAGGCUYUUUGGAAGUAUCCAUAUUCUAAACAGCCCUAUUAAAAAAUAAAAAUGAGAUUAGCACAUUUAUGUAUAUAAGUUUUUAAAAUGUUAWAUUUAACCAGUGUGAAAUUGUGUUCUGGGUUUGAUGGCACUGCCUGAGCCUCCUUCCUGUACAUGCAGUACCAGAUAACCCUUGUUGCUGCUUGUUGCUGUUMCUACCAGGUGUAUGCCUAUUGUCAGUCCAGCUAAGCCACAGACAAGCUUAUUGCAAUUAAACAGCAAUUUGUUUCUAUGAAACUGCAAUUAAAGUAUUACUGAUCAGCCAUUUCAGACUGGCAGUGCCGUGAGUGCAUGUUAAACAGAGGAGCUGUCGAUUCCUUCCUGCAGCCGGAGAAGCGAGUGCCAGUGAGGUGUAACACGCUCACCUCUGUCCCUUGUCAGGCUGGGAGUCCUUGCUGCAGUGCUCUGAUCUCAUCACCAACAUGCUGAGAGCGAUGACAAGUCAGGGCUGAUCUCUGUAAGUUGAACUUGCAACUUACAGGRCCUGAAGUUAUUGCUGUUUGUGUUCCUGUAUAAGCAGGGAUGCGUACGCUUCCUACGGGGAUGUUUUCAGCUCCAGAUUGAUUCUGUUGAGAAUGGACAGCAAGUUGUGGGCCCCAAGCCAAUAAYGUUCUGCAGGUCCUGACUUGUUGGAGCUGUGUAAACAGGGCUACUAUAGCUCCUUAAUCAUAACUAAUAAAAGACUAGAGGAAAGCA